AUGGUAUUAACACAGCAGCCAAGAUCUCUCGCUUCCACCGACGAUAGCUUUCCCACCCUCCAGCUCUUCCUCUUGGCAAUAUGUCGUGUCGCCGAGCCCAUAGCUUUAACCUCCAUCUUCCCAUACUCAUGGGUCAUGGUCAAGGAUUUCCACAUGGCUAACGGGGCUGAUGCCUCCUUCUAUGCGGGCAUUUUGAUCUCCGCUUUUUCUCUCGCUGAAGCAAUGACGGGUAUGUUCUGGGGUAGUCUUUCUGAUCGAGUGGGUCGCAAGCCUGUUCUUCUGUGUGGCUGCUUUGGGACUAUGUUGUCGUUGCUGCUUGUCGGUCUGGCCCCGAACUUUUGGGUUGCCCUUGUGGGGAGGGCGUUGGGUGGUGCGUUGAAUGGGAAUAUUGGGGUUAUUCAGACUAUGGUUGGAGAGUUGGUUAAACGGCCUGAGCAUGAGCCUCGGGCUUAUGCUAUUAUGCCUUUUGUUUGGUCGAUUGGUACUAUUAUCGGGCCAGCUAUCGGAGGUCUCCUUGCAAGACCCUCAGAGGGCUAUCCUUCUCUGUUUCCCUGCGACGGCCUCUUCGGGCGAUUCCCCUAUCUAUUACCCAAUCUAGUCUGCUCCGUCCUUUUAUUAUUGAGCAUCAUCGGCGGCUGGCUCUUCCUACAGGAAACCCACCCAGAAAUGCAGCACCACAGCGAAACCACCCAUCGCUUCUUCGAGCAUACCUCAGCCGAACAGCCUCUCCUCGCGACCUCCGGCGCGACUGCCAAUGCAGGCGUUGACCUCCGAGCCGAGUCCUACGGAACCUUCAAUCAGGUCAGCCUGCAAGAGGAUGAGAACUGGGAUGUCCUCGCAGACGGUACGUCUCCCGUGUGGAAGAAGUCACUGAAACCGAAACCGUUCACGUGGCGGGUCACCAUGCUAGUGAUCGCCCUGGCUAUCUUCACAUACCACUCGAUGACCUACGAUCAUCUUUUGCCGAUUUUCCUCCAAGAUGAGAAUACCCGUGGUCGCUCGUCUGGUCACCAUGCUUUCCUGGAUAUUCCGGGUGGAGUCGGUCUGUCAACGCAGACAGUGGGAAUGAUCAUGUCCACAGAUGGCAUCAUCGCCCUCAUCAUUCAAAGCCUGAUCUUCCCCGCUCUGGCUGGAUGGCUGGGCGUAUGGCGUCUCUUUGUCGUCGUAACAAUCCUCCACCCAAUCGCAUACUUCAUGGUUCCCUUCGUGGCCCUCCUCCCUCAAAACCUGACCUUCGUGGGAGUAUACACCUGCCUAAUCGUCCGCAAUAUCCUAUCCAUCAUCGAUUAUCCCGUGCUGCUUAUUCUCAUUAAGCAAGCUAGUCCGUCGGACUCGGUGUUGGGUAAGAUCAAUGGUCUGGCUGCUUCGGCGGGUGCGGCUUCUCGUACGAUUGCGCCUCCCAUUGCGGGAUACCUUUACAGUACUGGUGCGGAGGUGGGUUGUACCGCGCUUGCUUGGUGGGGGAGUUCGUUUGUUGCUUUGCUAGGUGCGGUUCAGCUUUGGUUUAUUCAGCGGAAGAGGAACUCUUGGGUUAUUGUCGCGCCUGCGGCUCCGUGUCAUUAUGUUUCUAUUCCGGAUCGAUCGACGGAUAAUGUUGUGCAUAUCAUCGUGACUGAUUUUGAUGCUGAUGCUGAUGCUGAUGCAGCUCGGACGGAUGCGGGAAUUGCGGUGUCGCGCUGA